ACUGUCACACAUGAGGAUGCGAAGCGUGGGCUUCGUAGGCCCGUAACUGAGCCGGUAGGCGGAGUCUCUUCGCGGGUGCGCUUGAUUUGCUCGGUCAGGCUAAACCGCGGUAGCUUGAUGACCUCCGUCUGGCGCGGCUUUCCUGACGCGCUGGUGUGUCCCGAUUCUCCCGGUCGCUCGCCCUUGUCUUCCCUUCGCUGCUCCCCCGAGCGAUUUCUCGCUCGCUGCGGAUCGUUGGUGCGUAUUCGUCCCGUCUCUGUGUCUGGCGUUGCUGCAUGACUUGUUCGCAGUUGUAGCCCUUUGCAUGUAGUGUAAUCCUGAAACCCUCGCCCGAGGCGCGUCUCUCUGCCGCUCUCUCUACUGGCCAGGAUUGAAUUACCGGGCCUGCAUGCUUGAGGGUUUCUUAAUUGCGUCGAUGGGCGAUUGAUCGUGACGGGGUUGAUGCUUGAUUUCCCGAAGUUCUGUUUGGUUUGUUCGUCGAUCCGAGAGGGACACGCCGGUGUUCUUUAUCUUCCUUAAUAUGAUUAGGUGACAAUGCGAUUGGUGCUUGUGCUGGGUUACGUGAUUCUCUUGGCUUUAUUUGAAGCAACGUCCAGCAUGUUCGAUCCAUUGGUCUCACCUACUGCGGCCAUUUAACACUGGGGCUCCAAUGCCUUGAUGAUUUGGGGAUUUUGUCGAGAGAGAGGAUGAAAUCCGGUGCCAGCACGCGGAGGGGAGUUAUUUAGAUAAAUCUAGGGAUAGUAUGAAGGUUCCGAUGGUGCCCUCGUGAAAUUGCUUCGUAGUAAAUCGAAAUCUUGGAGUGCCCUGUAAGUACGGACAAGCGUGGAAUGAGUAUGUGUCGUUGUCACGUGAGACGGAGCAACCUAGAAUGUUCCAGUUCGGAGUUAGAACGGAGCGGAAAUUGUCUGUAUUAUGUCGAAGUUAUCUCCGGGGAUUUUUGAAUCUGGAACGCUAAUUGCAGUAGGGGUUUGGGCGAUGCCCAAAAGGAGAAGCUUAGUUUUUUGAGCAAGGGAUUCUUCACAAAUACGAGCUGGGGUUCCGAUGCCGUGUCAGCUUGUAGCAAUGCUGAGAAGCACCGAAACUUCGCCAGGUUGCAUUGAAAAGCUGGUUUUGUCACCUUAUAUCCAAGAGAGAUUGAGUCCAUGGAGGAACCAUUCGACUCACUUACGGAACGCAUGAGUUUCUCGGGUCAGUGGCGGUGUACGUGAAGAAGAGCUGAUCUUUGGAGUCUAUUUUCAACCCAAAAUGCAGGAAGGAGGGGUUUCUGUAGUCCCACUUUUGUCCGGAAACGGCAAUUCAACCGCAGGGCCUUCUCAAGGAGCUCCAGCAGCAGGGAAAGGUAGUGUGUCUACAACGAUUGCACAAGGAGUCGCUUUAGCUUCUAGAGGAGGCGCCUCAUCGUCCUCCGCACAGGGAUUAUCUCUUCCAUCACGGGGAGGGAUGUCUGCCUCCGCAUUCCAGGCGGCUUCCAACACUCCUCGAGGUGGAGUUACGACUUCUGCCUUUCAAGGAGCUGUAAAUCCUCCCAGACAACGGUUUUACGUUGAGCUUAAAGAAGGCGAAACCAAUGUGGUGUCGUGGAAAAAAUUGUUGAAAGACGCACAGAAGCAUCUGACUCCUCCUGUCGCAGAGGCCCCUGCUGGUGCCAAUCCUGCGUUAGAAGCUCGUUUUGCCCCCGAACGGGCAGGCUCGGUUCAUACCAACAAUGGAGCUGUCCAAGAAGCUCUGCCACCUCCACCAAAUCGCUUCAGUUCUGUCAUUGAGAAGAUUGAAAGAUUGUAUAAGGGAGGAGACAGCGAGGAAGAAGAGGGUGAUGCUUCGCCAGAUGAUUCGCAGUACGACACCGAAGAUGAUUUUAUCGAUGACACUGAGCUGAAUGAGUAUUUUUCAGUUGAGAAGUCGAAGACAAAACAUACCGGAUUUUUUGUUAAUCGAGGGAAGCUUGAGAAAGUCAACGAAGCUCCCGCAUCUCCACCUGCCCAUGUUCCUAGGAAGAGGAAACGAAGAGACAUGAAGACAAUUGCUGCUGAGAAGAUAGUGGAGGAGUCUGCGAAGAAAAGAGUGAAUACAGGCCUGCGACUGAAAGAUGCUGCAAGGAAGUCUCUUGUAUCACAUGCAGCUGAGCGAAUGGCUGUUACCUCGACAUCGCAGUAUCGGAGUUCGGACCAAUCUUCUGUGCCCAAGUUGAAAAAGAGGCUGAAGCCAAUCCUCGAAGGAAGGGAUAAGAGUGCCGAACAAGUUCUCACGGCAACGGUUGAAAAUCUCAACAGAGAAAUUUUGAAAGUCGCAAAAGUAGAAGAUACGAUGAGAGAGUCGAGCGCAAAAGCCCCGAUGACCAUAGUUGAGCUUUCUGACGAUGACAACGAUCCAGUCGAGGUGUCCAGGCAAGCUGUGGAUAAUGAGAGGAGGGUUGUGGAAUAUUCCAAGAAGCAGUUAACAAGGCAACACGAGACUGGUCAAGCUGCUGUUGAUGAGAGAACUUACUCCAGAGCAGCCAAGGUAUCAGCAGAUGAGAGGCAACCCAGAGAUUCGUCGAAGGAGACCAGAAGUCCAGUGAAUUUGUCCAAGGUAUCAUUUCCCGGUCCCAAGGAGGUGAGUCCCGGAAAGCGUGCUGGAUGGCCGAAGGGUACAGUUCUGGAGCGGGCAAUUCAUGAUUUGGAGAAGGGGGUCGCCGAAUCUUUCCCGUUUAGAGGAGACAAAGAAGACAAACAGAAGGCAAUAGAAAUAGCUGAAGCACAAGGAGGGAAGAGCAAGAGGAUGCCCAGAGAUGUAAAACAAAAGCUAGCCAAAGUUGCAAGACUGGCGGCACGACAGGGCAAAAUUCCUGAUGAACUUAUCGACCGCCUGAUGACAAUAUUAGGUCAUGUCAUGCGGUUAAGAACAUUGAAGAGGAACUUGAAGUCCAUGGUUGAGUUGGGAGUGACAGCAAAGCUUGAAAAGGAUGUGCGUCUGCUGAGUAUGAAGCGUGAAGUUACAGAGUUGGUCAAGACCCGAGUCUCCCACCAAGCUGUUGAUGCCGAGCAGCGUGAUGGUUCGUCCGACGAUUUUCAGUCGGCUUCAGGCUCAGGAGAUGUAGGUGGACGUUUUGUAAAUGGACGUUACAAGUGGGAUCAGGCAACUGAAGAUCGAAUUUGCGAUCUAUAUGACCAAUAUGUGGAGGGAAUGGAUGAGCACAAGGGCCCACAAAUCAGGAAACUUUAUCUCGAGUUGGCGGAGUUGUGGCCAGAAGGAUGGAUGGACAAUCAUGGCAUAAAGGGUGCCGUUUUUAGAGCGAAAGAACGACAGAGGAAGCAGAAUAAGCUGAAGAUGGGAGAGGAAAAGAGAAGGAGAAAGGAAGCUCUGAUGAGUGAAAAGAGGAACUUCGACUCUGCAGUGGAAAGACACACAUCUACAAGUUCAGCACCAACUUAUGUGCCGCCUGUGAAAGCACUUCCUUCCAGCAAGGAGAAGUUGACCAUCAAAUCAUCGAGUAAGCAGCGAGUGCAUGAGUCAAGUCGGCGUGUGGAUGAGGAUAAUAGGCGUGUAGGAGAGGAAGUUAGUAAUAGGCAUGUGGAAGAGAUAAGAAGACUUGUAGUGGAGGAGAAAAGGCGUGGAUCGGAGCAACGUCUAGAUGAUCGACCAAGCAAGCGUAUUGACGAAUCUGGUAUGAACAGAGAAAAUGGAUUCCACUCUAGCCUCGCGAAGGAAAAGCAGAAGCUCAGGCUGGAAGAUGGGAUGAAAGUGAGAAGAAGUGAGGACCUAUUGAGUGUGAAGAGGAAGCUUCCACGAAAAAAUUAUGAGGGGAAAAUUAUUGAGCACUCAGCGAGGAAGAGACCGAAGAAGGAGAUUUCAGACAAUCAUGGUAUAGAUAUCGGAAGAAGUGCAAACCAUUCCCUUCUUACUUCCCCUCUUCAGAAAUUGAAGAGAAAGAAGCUGAGACCAACCUCGGAAGCCAAACCCUACCCCUCGCUGAGGAUAAGUCCCUCGUCGGUGCACGUCUCAAGUAAGACGGAGAGAUAUUUAAGCUCCUCGUAUCUUCCAUCAAACAGGUCCAGUGGUAUAACCACAGGAAGGUCUGGAGACUCAGAUAGGAUCAGAGAGGACAGGCCCAGGGAAAAUAGAGAAGACAGGGUUAGAGAGAUGAUGGACAGACCUAGAGAGAUGACAGACAGGCCUAGAGACGUUGCACGGUGGCCUAGUGAAGCUUCCCGUUUACUGAAGGAUUGAAGUGAAGGUUAUUGACCUUUUUCUUUUCUUUCGUUCUCUCAUCUUUUUUCUUCUCUCCGCCCUGGUGGUUGGAAUGUCACAAAUGAUACUGGGAGGUAUUUUCUGUAGGUAUCUGGUCUAAGGGAUAUCCCAAGCCAGAGGCUUUCAUGGACCCCUGCUAGUUUAGCUUCCUUCUUGCUCGUCACAUUCGUGUGUAGGAAAGAGACAUUUUGUGAAGCAGUGCCUGUUUAGUAUCUUGGAAAUUGAAACUCAAGGAUCUGUCUGUCCGGUCGUCAGGAAAACUCAUAUUUGUGGGUUUAUUAGGACAUCUCAAGUUGUAUGUCGUGGACAAUGAAUGCAUGCGAGUGAGGACCAGGUUCAGUUGUGAAUGUGGAGAAAUCUGUUCAGCUUUAAAUAUCAAGUAACAAAAGUAAGAUGUGG